AUGAAUAGGUUUCAAACUUUUCCCCUGAAAGAAGGGGAAUACUGGUUUUUUUUUGAAGCUUUUUCACAAAAAAUUUCAUGAUCAUACUUUUUUUUUCCAAUUAUGAGAAACAGGAAAAUGUUGGAAAGUGAAACAGGAAAAUGUUGGAAAAAAAAAUUGGAAAACGUUUUGAAUUAUCUCUUUUUUUUCAAGGGCUUUAUCUUCCAUUUUGCGCCCUUUUCAAAAAAUUCGCAAUAUUGCGCAAGUUUGAACCUAAUACAGUGACUUUGAAGUGGCCGGAAAAGAACCUGUGAAAGAUGGUCCCGGAUCGCGCAACUAUUUGAACAGCUUCGGCGAAAAGGUGCACGAUCGGCUGGUGUCUGGACCCUCUCGUCUCGACAGGCUCUCUCGGGCAGCAGUCGGUCGACCCGAGGCCACUCGUCGGCCGGCCCAGUCGCACGAUGUUUUGUCGUCGGAGGGCAACUUUCAGCCUCCUGGUGCCACUUCUCGUCGUUUCCUUCUUGCUGUACUCCUUGCUGUCGACGUCGACGUCGUCAAGCCUUUCGGAACGGCGCGAGGACAACGAGUACAUCAACAACGUUCAGAGGGCCAAGGUUUCUUGGCUCUGACGCAUUUGAAAACUUUGAACUUUCGUCAGGUUGAAGCGGCGGAUGAAGUGAGAGCGAUUCAGAGCGACGUCGCCGACGUCGAGACCAAUGUCGUCGUCGAGGUUGAAGAUGAAAAAGAGCGUGAGGUCAAUCUGACACAGCUAGCAAUCGCCAACACCAAGGAGGAGAAGGUUUUGAGGAAGCUUUUUUGUUUUUUUUUUCGUUUUAAGUGUUGAAAUUGUUUUGAAAUGCUUGCCAUGACGUUAUUUUUUUAACAUGAGCGAUUCAAUUUUUUAAAAAAAUUCUUAGUCGAAAAAUAGGCUAGAACGACCUCCUUUUUUUGAUGAUUGAAAAAUAAAUGAAGGUCAGGAAAAAAAGAUUAAUAAAUAAUAGAGCUGAAAAUGUUGAAGAUUUUUAAAAUUUUUGUUUCAAUGACAACUUUCUGAUUUUUUUAAAAUUUUUUUCAAAUUUCAAAUCAGGGUUUUUUUAGAAAAAAAGUUUUGUUUUUAUAAAAAGUUUUUGCACCAUCAAGGUGCUACUUUUUGUUGUUGAAAUAGUCUUGCCGAGUCAUAGUUUUGUCACUUUGACCUUUUUCACUUCGGUUUUUUUUUUUAAUACGUUUGCCUGUUUUGAGGCUGCUUUUUUUCAAUCUUGAAAAAAAUUUAAAACUUCUUUUUUUAUAGUAUAAUUUCAUAGUGUAUUUUCUAUAAUCCAUUCUUCACGAUUUGAAGCAGUCAGACUUAUAACCAAAAGACUUUGCUGAGAAAAGAGAGGGCGCAGAGAAGCCAGACAUUCUCAAGUUCUUUCUGACAUUCACUCUUCUUUUUUUCAGGACGCUGAAACGCGCGGAUUCGAAAAAUACCAGUUCAAUGGGUAUUUGAGCGAUAAAAUCGGAGAGCGGCGAAAAAUUCCAGACUCGAGAAAUUCAAGGUGAGUUCUCGAAAAAAUUUUCGUUUUUUUCUGUAGAAUCACUGAGAAAAAAGUUCAGAUGCCCUCAAACGUUUGGGCAAAAUCUUCCGACGGCUUCCAUCAUCGUUUGUUAUUUCAACGAAUCGCCGUCGGUGAGUCCAAUUUUUCUCAAAUAAACAAAUUUUGACUCGAGUUUCUGUGUUCUUGAUGGUUUUUUUUUCUUUUCAAGGUCCUCAUUCGAAUGGUCAACUCGAUUCUGAGCAGAACUCCGUCUCCAUUAAUUCGAGAAAUCCUGCUCGUUGAUGAUUCCAGCGAAUGGCGUUCGUGUUUUUUUCUUUUGAAAAAACAUUGCUGCACUUUUAUCUUUCUCAUUUGUUGGAAUUUUGAGACAAUGACGUCUAUACUUGGGAACGCCAAACUGGUCCCUAUAGGGGUUAAAAGAGAACGGCCCCCGAAAGGCACAGAAAAAUGGCUAUUUGAUACAUUUAGGUGGUCCUUAUAGGGGCUUUAAAGGCUGACCCUGAAGCCUCUAAAACUUAAAUGAUCCCUAUAGAGGUUUAUUAUUUUUUUUCAAAAUUUUGAAAUUUAAAAAGACGUUUUUUUCUAAAAGAGUCCAUAACAAUAAUCGAAUAUCUUGUCCUCCAUUUGACCCCUUUUGCAAGCUUGAGAGCUCCCUAUAAGGGGAAGAGAAAUGGUCCCUGGAGGGGAACCUACAGUGACUACUCUGGCGUUUCUAAGUUGGCGACUUUGCCGUUUUUAUUAUAAAAGUCGGUUUUCUUUCACAGGUCUAACUGAAAUCAAGUUUGAAUUUUCAUAGCCAGACUUUCAUCUUAUAAAUUUUUGGCGGUUUACUUUUUUACUGGUUUACAUUAUGCUUCAGUAUUGUAAGAAACUUAGUGAAGUCCAAAAAAUGUUCAUUUAAUGAUAAUAAUCUAAUAAUUCAGCAAUUUUUUUCAGCUGAUGCAACUGAGGCGGCGAAAAAGUACCAAGAACUUCACCGAAAAUGGAACGUGGUCAAGUUUUUGAAGACCGACGUCAACGAAGGGCUGAUUAGGGCCAAGAUUUUCGGAGCCAAAAAAGCGGUUGGCGAUGUCUUGGUGAGUUUUAGCUGGUUGCCUUUCAAAAUGAAAAAUGUAUGGUGUUUCAAAAAAAAAGAUUUACAGGUGUUCCUAGACAGUCAUUGCGAAGUGAAUCAAGACUGGCUUCAGCCUCUUCUCGAGCAAAUCGCAGAGAAACGGGAAAGGUACAGUUUGAAAAGAUGAAUUUUUCGUUUAAAAAGAAUUUUUAGAGUUGUAUGCCCAAUUAUCGACAUAAUCGAUGCGAUGUCAAUGAAAUACGUCGAGUCGCCAGUUUGUAAAGGCGGCGUCAACUGGGCCAUGACUUUCAAGGUUUCUCAAACUAGCUACUCUAAAAAAACCUUUCGAAAAAAUUAAUAAUUGGAUUACAGUGGGACUAUCCGCCUCGGUCGUACUUCCAAGACCCGCAAAACUUUGUUCGUCCUUUGAAGUUUGUAUUUUUCACUUAUUUUACGGAGAUUGACCCCGAUUUCUUGAUAAAAAGGUGUAAUUCCAGGUCAGCAACGAUGGCUGGCGGACUUUUUGCGAUCGACCGCAAAUAUUUCUUCGAAAUCGGCUCUUAUGAUGAAGGAAUGGAAGUCUGGGGAGCAGAAAACGUCGAAAUUUCGUUCAGGGUUCGGUUAUUUGUUUGGAAUUUCUUUUAUUUUUGGCUUUUUUGCAGAUUUGGAACUGUGGAGGAGAACUUCUUAUCAUUCCUUGCAGUAGGGUCGGCCAUAUUUUCAGGUGAAGAGGGGUUUUUUGAAUAUCAUAACGGAGAACUUGACUUGAAAUUUUGGAAAUUUCUUGAUGAUUUUCUGAUUUUUCAUGCCGUGUUCAAAGUAAUUUCCGCGAAAUGCAAAUUGUCUCUGACCCUCCAAAAUUUAGUUAUCUUUCUCUUUCUCUGACGGCUAUUUUGAAUUUCGCGGAAUCACUUUGAACACGGCAUCAAUUUCAGACAACGAAGGCCGUAUGGGCUUUCCAGCGAUUCGAUGCGCAAAAAUUCCGUCAGACUUGCUCGAGUUUGGCUCGACGAUUAUAUUGUAAGUUUUUCUUGAAAAGUUCAUGAUAACUUGAGUUUUUUUCAGGAAGAAUUCUGGAAGGUCCGACCGGCCUAUCGCAAUUACACAGAAUACGGAGAUAUUUCUAAGAGACUGAAGCUUCGAGAAGAGCUUCAGUGCAAGUCUUUCCAGUGGUACCUCGAAAAUAUCUACCCGGAACUUCUGCCCAACAAUUCGCCAACGGAAUUCUUAGCACAGCCGUCUUCACAAGGCGUCAAGUACCAUGUGAGAUUGAACUCGAUUUAUUUUUUCUCUUUGGAGAAAACUUUCAAAAUGCCCCAACUGUUUUAAAAAAUUUUGAAAUUUUUACUGAAAAAAUAAUUUGGAAUGUAACCGAUUCACGUCCAUCUUGGGACGCAAAGAGACGGGUCUUGUCUGUGUUCUCCACCAACCAGGCACUGUCUCUUUUCUUAUCGUGUCAGGACCCUUUUUUUGAUGGCUCGAGCUAGUCAUGAAUCAGAUAUUUCUUUUCCUUUUUCUUGAGUUUGCGGCUUGAUUUUUAGAAAAAUUUAUGUCAAUGACUUUUCUAGGAAACGAAUAUCUCAACAUCAUUUUAAUUAUAGAUCCAACUGGAAAACGAAACUCUGUGCCUUUCCGCAGAAUCGAACGGCGGGCGGAUAGCGGGCGUUGUUGAGAUGCGCCGGUGCUUGAGAGACGCUAGAGAACAAAUUUGGCGCUGGACUUCUACGGUAAAAUUGAGAACAGUUUGUCCAAAAAGGCUAUACAUUGGUGUUUAAGGGAGAACUCCGGCCGAUGGGCUCUUCGACACUUUGCCUUGACUCUUUUAGCGGAGCGAAAUUGAUGAGGUGUCAUAAUCAGGGCGCUCAUCAGAAGUGGGCCAUCACGGUGAGUUCCUUGAGACAAACGUGAGAAGUAAAUCGAUUCCCUUUUAUUUUCAGAAAGAUGGAAAGCUUUUCAAUGCAUCUUCCGGCAAAUGUAUCAAUGCGACAAACGAGCUGAAUGAACACGCAAAUCUCGCUUUUUGUUCCUUGGCCAAAACUUUCACAUUACUUCCGAUCUAA